GUUGGUUACUGGGAGCAAUGGUUGGUUACUGGAGUACUGGAUGGUUACUGGGAGCACUGGGGGGUUACUGGGAGCAAUGGUUGUUAAUUGGAGGUCACUGGGCAGUUACUGGGAGUACUGGUUGGUUACUGGGGGCACUGGGCAGUUAGUGGGAGCACUGGGUGGUUACUGGGAGGACACUGGGUAGUUACUGGAGCACUGGGUGAUUACUGGGAGGGCACUGGGCGCUUACUGGGAGUACUGGGGGUUACUGGUGGUUACUGGGGGGGAACUGUGCGGUUACUGGGAGCACUGGGAGGUUACUUGGAGUACUGGAGAGUUACUGGUGGUUACUGAUUGUUACUGGUGUUACUGGUUGUUACUGGUGGUUAAUGGUUGUUACCAGUUGUUGCUGGUGGUUACUGGUUGUUACUGGUGUCACUGGUUGUUACUGGUGUCACUCACUGGUGUCUGUACUGGUCAGUACUGGUGUUACUGGUGUGUUACUGGUUGUCACUGGUGUCACUCACUGGUGUCACUGGUAUCACUGGUGUCACUCACUAGUCUGUACUGGUGUCACUGGUCUGUACUGGUGUGUACCGGUGUGUACUGGUGUUACUGGUGUCAUUGACUGGUGUCGCUGGUUGGUCGCUGGUGGUUACCAGUUGUCACUGGUCUGUACUGGUUGUCACUGGUGUGACUGGUGUGUACUGGUGUGACUGGUGUGUACUGGUGUCACUGGUGUGUACUGGUGUGACUGGUGUCCCUCGCUGUCCCCAGGCCCCGCCCCCCCUCAGCCCGGGGGGGGCCCUGCCCCGAUGCCGCCCCCGGAGGGACCCAGCGGGCCCAGCGUCAGUGUGGUGGUGGUCGUUGGCGGCUCCUGCGUGCUCCGCUACAGCCGCCCCCCCGCCCCCGCCCCCGCCCCCGCGCCGGCCCCGAUCCGGGACGGAGAGCUCGUGCUGCUGCUGCGGGGACUGGGCCCCGGCGCCCCCCCCGAGCCCGUGGCUGUCACCAGCUUCGUGGGGCCUGAGCCCCGGGACCUGCUGCCCGCCGGGCCGGAGCUGCGCAGCCCCAGCAGCGCCGGACAGGGCUGGGACAUGAACUGGGAUGGGCACAGGAUCCAGCCCCGUUUGCCGUGGAGCUGCCGCGGGGCCCGGCCGGUUCGGGUUCAGUCUCCGGGGAGGCCCCGCCGGGGUUUUCGUGCGGGGGCUGCGCGAGGGGGGCCCGGCCCAGCGCUGCGGCUGCAUCCAGGUCAGUGACGAGCUGCUGGCCAUCACGGAGCCCCCACGGCCGGCAUGAGCACGCGCAGGCGCUGGCCCGGAUCCGGGGCGGGGGAGCCGCCUGCGCCUGCUGCUGCGCCGCCCCCACGGGUCGCCCCCGGCCCCGCUGGCUCGGGGGGUUCUGCGGCUGCGCGUGGGCAGCUCCCCGCGGGGGGAGCCCUGCUUCUGCCUGUGGUGGGGGGGCUGCACCCCUGAGCCCCCCGGACCCCCCAACGUGACGUCACAGCGAGGGACCCCCCCACGCACCCCAAGUUUCGGUGCUUUGGGGGGACCCCGCCCCAUUUCGGUGCCCCCCGUUUUGGCGGGGGCGCCCUUCCAGCUAUGCAAUGCCCCCCCACCCCCUCCCCACGUUCUGGGGGUCGCACGGAGGUGCUGCUGUCCCCCCUCCCCGUUUUUGGGGGUGCUCAAUAAGGCGGGGACCCCC